UUAAAGGCUGUCCACGCCUUCAGAAACAGUCUGGAUGACUCGAGUGAGCGUCAACACAUCGCCAUGGCGCUACAUCAACAGCGUCAGGCCAAAUGUCGUGAAGUUCGCGCCGCGUCUUUGGCUCAGCAGCUUAAUCAGCACAUAAAGUCGCCAAGUAGCACCCGAAUGGCUGAUAACAUCCGAGAGUUCUACCGAACUCCCACGAUGCUAGCAGAAGACGAACCGCUCUUCUCCGCAGAUCAACCCAAUCAGGAGAAACUGGAAGAGGGUGGAGGCGGUGAUAUUUGGGGGGCUGCCUCCCUGGAUGACCCCAGCACGACGAGUUACGAUGUUAAUAGUCUGGCGGAUGACUCUGGCGCGCAAGAGUCUCAGUUGCGGCCUACUACAAACGAAGCGUUUGCGGACGGAGGAGGAUCGCCGAACGCCAACCCUGCCUUGGACUUCGUCGCUCGAUGCAGACACAUUAGUAGACACCGGUCCCUCGACUUCGACAAAUCGACGCCGAAAAUCGACGAAAACGACUCCCGCGCCACCACCUCCACCCACAAAGAGAAUACAGGCUCGGAGAUCCUCUUCCGGCUCCUCCACAUCCUCUCUAACAUAGUUCAGCCAUCCACAGUCAUUGAUACUUACUAUGCAAGCCUUCGUGUAGUCGACGCAUUCAAAGCAAGCCUUCCAAGCCGAUUGGCCGGUUUGAACCGCGAGAGCGUGACCUCAUUGCAUCGCGCAAUGACUACGUGCACUAAACAACCCUCGCUCACCUCCUUGAAUUCUGAGGCUGACACCUUGCCCUCCCAGCCUGAACCCCCGGCUUCCCAACUGCGACCAAGCCCCUCCCCUGGGUUUCAUUAUCCAAAGGCUCCUCCAUCACCCCGGCCCCUUAGUUGA